AUGAAUAUAAUCGAUUAUAUUGUUCAAAAUCUAAACAACAAUACUUCCGAAUUUAAGCGAAAUUUAGCUAGACUCCUUCAAACCUUUACGGUAAAUGGUAACUUAAACGUCCCUCAACCCGGUAAUCCGGUAACAAUGUACAAUGUCUCUACAUAUUUCAAUAGACGUAACAACAGUCGUUUUAGAAGGAGAGCUACGAAUGCUCGAGGUGCCUUACGUGUUAUCGUGUCACAAGCAGCACAACAAAUCCAAAUAAACGACUAUAAUGUUAUUAGUAGGGCGACGGACAUGUUGAAGAAUGCCAUUACUUUCAAUGAAAGAAAUGGCUAUAGAUAUUUGGCAAGUCAAGUUUAG